UCAAGCGCACGUUUAACGUUAGGAAAACAAGAGAUCGCGCUUCACCGGCGAGGAGGAUCCGAACGUGCGCGAGAGGGAAUCGGUGCGGAAACGAGCGGACGGAAGCAUCAUCGGGCCGCGCGUGGAAAAAAAUCUCCGGCGAGAAAGAGAGAGAGAGAGAGAGAGAAAGCGCGAGGAAGAGAGAGAGAGGAGCGAGAACGAGAGAGCGAUACGUCUCGCGUCGCGCUGAGCCGAGUCAUCGUGAUCGCGAGUGGUGCGUGGUGAUUUCUCCGCGAGUGAAACAAAUGCGUGCGCGUGCCACGACGAGACUGCCAGUGCUGUGCGUUGCCGUUGCGUCGUCGUGCCAUCUUACCGUUGCGCUAGCGGCAACGAGCAACCGUCGUCACCGUUAUUGCAGCCGCUCGCUUUUACGCGCGACCCGAGCCUCCGUGUCAACCGAGGGACGGCCAUAUUAAUCCGCCACCGCUGCCGCCGCCGUCAUCGUCAUCAUCGUCGUCGCCUUCCUGGUGCGGCUUCCUCCCGGAGAUUCUCGCGACGAAUAUCCGGCGACGAGAGUGCGCGCGCGUGUAUGUGUAUCAUCCUCUCUCUCUCUCUCCAUCAGGGUGUCGUGCAUGCAUGCGUGCGUGUUGCGAGGUCGCCGCGAGUCCGGGUCACCCCUCGAGUUUGUUUUUUUUCCCUCGGUCCCUUCGUCGCAUCUCCGCUUUAAAUCACCAUCGCCGGAUGACGGCGCGUGAACGUAGUGCGUGCGGCGCGGUACCUGUGUGUACGACGAGCGACAUAGUCUACGAGGUGCGUCCCGUGCCGCCUCAUGUCUACGCAUCGUCUUCGUCGCGCGGACACAGCACAGCGGCUCGCCACCACCGUGUCUACCCCUACCUCCGGCAGCAAUAUUACCCUUCCUAGGCCCUAUGGUAGCCACACGAGCCUCGAGGCGACAUUGAGUGACAGCAAGAAGAAGUACAGUGACAAGGUGAGUGCACUUCUGUCAGCGUGGGAGUAUGUCACCAAUUAUAUUCCUGCGGCACCGCCCGAGGCCAUCCAGUCUGUCAUAGAAUGGGCUCACAGACAUACAUUGACAUUCGUAUUGCGCGGGGAGUGGCCGAAGUUAGCACCAAACGUCGCCAAAACGCACCUCUGCGUAACAUUGCAGAGGUGUGUGUCUCAGCUGGGUCAGCAACACCCCGCUGCGUCCAGGUGUUCCACUCUGCUAGCUCUGGUGAACAAUCCAUGGACAAAUCCCAUUCUCACCAACAUACUUAACGGCCAAUCGGAUUCCGAACAUGAAGAGGAAUUCUGUUGUUCGGAGCCAAGCGAGUUGCUGACGAUGAGACUGAAAAUGCUCUGCGAGGACCGCUGCGAGGACAUAGCGGUGAACCUCGCUGCUGCGUGCGUACGCUCCCUCAGACGAAGCGAUCGACUACGAUCGCUCUCGGAGUCUCAUCACGUCCAUUACAUGAUCGACGUGUACAUUGUCCUCUUGUUCAAAUUGAAACGCACGCAAGAUAUUUUCGCUCAAUUAAAAUUAAUGGACCUCAACGACGGGCUUGAAUUGGUCCAGAGGCUUAACGGUGAGAAACCAACCAAAUAUGGGACGACGCGCAUAUGGAGAAAUUCGAUAAAGGCCGCGGAAUUAGUCGCGCAGUAUCUUGUUACUGUCGGGAUGAUUCGACCGAUAUCAGAAAUCGGUGCAAAUAUUUUUGAGCAGAUCUUAAACUCUUGGGCGCUAUCAUACGUAAAAUUAGGAACGAAGGAUGUCGCACCGACUCUGCCCGACAUCAUUAGAAAAUUUAUUCAACCCGCGGAAAGUGCUCAACAUAUUUAUAUCUUCUGUGCAGUACUUGCAAAACAUUUUGGCGAGAACAUAAAACCUUUAGUGAUUGAAUUAUAUAUUAGAGCGUUGACAACGGAUAUGAACGAACUUGAGAGUCAGAAAGCAAAAUCAGACAAAGACAAGGAGCGCGAGACCGCCAAGCGUCUUAGCACGCAAUUCCUGAAAUUGGCGGACGUAGUAGAUAGUAAUAUUGGCAUCGCAAAGGAAUGCGUCUUGACGGCAUUCUCCUUACAUCCUACCAGAGCUUGCUACGACAGAAUAAAGGAAUUAGCAGUGGCGUGCGGAAAGGCCAAGGAGGAUGACGUUUCGCAAGAGGGGGAAAUCGUUAAGAGAGAGGAACCUAACAAAAUUCAAGAGAAGAAUCCAAGAGAGGAUGAUCUCCCUACAUCGAGUAUCAAUGUGAAAUCUGAGAUAAUGGAUAAUAACAGCAUCACGGAGACGCUCUCGGCACAAUCGUCAAGUUUGAUAGUUUCGGAAAUGCAGCUGUAUCAAAAUUCUACCAUCGCAAAGAACAUAGACUUUCAAAAUGAACAGGUGACGGAGACAUUCGAACAAACUGAUCAGUUAUUAAAAAGCUUGUUAACGAAAAAGCCCGAGAAGAUGACUGAUACGACAAUGCCUGUGACAUUGAUAAACAACAGAUGUCCGUUACAUCUAAAACAGGAAUCUUCGUCCAAUGAACUACUCGGCGAGGUGUGCUUUAAUUGUGGAGAAUUUACUGGAAAUAACAAACCGAACGAUGGUAAAUCACAAAUGAGUGAAACCAGCACGAUGCCGAGUAACAACAGCAUAGAGAGAACACUAGAUACGCUAAAUUUGAUAAAGAGCGAAACGGUAAUAGGCUCGGUCAACUAUGACGAGAAAUCUGUGCCUAGCCAAGUUCUCGAUGGCGAAAAAUUGGGUCUUUCGCCUCAACUAUGCGACGAUCUAGCUGUAGUAUUGAAUAGUCCGCGUUUCAAUUUGCUUAGUUGGGUGUUGGAUUGGACAGAAUUGAAGAACUCGUGCGAGCAAUACCUGGAAAACGAGGAAAUGCGCAAUACGAAUAAAGAGCUCAAAUAUUUGAACAUUGACUAUUCGCAAUUCAAGGAUUGGCCAUCGGAGGAUGACACCAAAGAUAUCUUCUUUGGCAUCGAGAAGGGUUACGAACAAUGGGCCGAUCUACCAUCUGACAAUUCCGAGCAAUUUGGCAGCUUUCAGCCAGCAGCCGGCUACAAGCGCUCAUCGACACGUCGCAGUUUGGACGAUACUACUACGACGGAUUCCGACAGUGGUAGUGUAUUGCGCGUGCGACGUACUGCACGAACGCGCAAGAUCCAUCGAUUGGAAUCGUCUGAAAGUGAUUACGAUAGCGCCGAGCCUAAACCAAAGCGCUUUAGAGAUAGAAUCAGCUCGGUAUCUGACAGUGAUAGCAAUACGCAAGAUAGCCAGACCGAUAGCUUGGGUAGCGAUGGUUGCCGAUUAGAAAUUAAGAAGAAAUCCAACAAAUCGAGCAACAAGGAAUCUAAUAAGAAACGAUCGAAGACAUCGAAGCUCACUGUCGAAUCUGUCUCGCAUUUUCACAUGUUAGUAAAUGAAGAUGCGCGACGCACAAACGCGCACGAGGACGCCAGCGGCUCUGAUGUCAGCAGCAACGACAUCAUUACCCUUUUCUCUGCCGAUAUGGAUGAAAAUAAACGCGAGACGAUUAAGGGUUCAGCGUAUACCGCUGCAGCACAGUUGAUCAUCACUACAGAAAGGCGAAGCGAUCCGGCAGUGCUCAAAUCUCUCAGAAUGUAUAGACCGCAAAACUCAAAGAAGAAACCGUCGAGGAUCUCGCAGAUUUUGCAAAAGAAUCUGCUAAACAAGAGCAAGGACACCAACAACGCCAAUCGGGAUUGCACCGAGCAACAAGGAACAAAUAACAUCACGAAAUUCGCGCCGAUGUUAAGCACACUGAAUCUAAAUCCGAAAAUCGUGUUAACACGUACAGAUGAGAUUGAUCGUAAACUCACAAAUCGUUCCAAAAAGCAACAACAACGGCUGAGCAGCGGUGAUAUUACCAGCGAACUGAUUAAUAUAAAGACGACGAUGCCAUUCUCACCGAACAGUAAGAGCGUAAUGACGUACCAAAAAAAGCAAAAGGAACAUGUUAGUGGCAAGAAUAACACCAGUGGUAAGAACGACUUAGACUGUCCCGUGAUAGUCGAUGGUCAUCGCGAUCAUCAUCAUCAUCAUCGUCUCGGUUCAGUCAAGUCCUUGGGCAAGACCAAGUAUGAUUUUUUUGCCGUUAGGGAUUCCGAUAUAUUGACUAAAAAUGUGCCGGGUAUGAAUUCGUUGGAUAUGAUGGUGCCGCCGCGACAGCGAUCCACGGUCAAUGUUGUGCAGCUUUCUAGAAGCGGUGUUCCACAGAGCCCGAGUUCCGCUACGAGCACGACGGCGACUAUUAACGUCAGCGGCAACACGCCGCCGCGACCCACACGUACACCAAGCGUGGCUAGUAACCAAAGUAGCAGCGGUGGCAAUAAUAGCAUACAGUUACCAGGCACACCGUCCUCGACAGGCGGCCACGAUAGUGGCGUUGGUAUGAGUCCAGCCGGCCAGACACCGCCACUGAGAUCAUCCUCGAAUCUUGGAACUCCACCAGACACAGUUGGUGAGGAAGCCAAUCAACUGCCGGAUGCCGCGUCGCCGACGACCAUCAGUCCGACGAUCCCAACAACGACGAUGACUGCCAACAAUCCCUCAACAAUACAUCAGCUUGAUGUUGCUACCGCCGCUGUUAUCGAAUCAUCCGGUACAGUGCGAACAAUGGCACAGAUACGUCGCGCGAGCAAUCAGCAUAAUCAAUCGCCAAGAAAAUCACCAUCCUCUCCAUGUUCUACGGGUUCGAUUGCAAUUAUAACCACGACGAUGACGACAACGACCACGGCAACGUCCCCAGGAGGAUUAAGCGCGACACCCAUCACAUCCGAGCCGUUAAAAGUCAUUUGUAAGCCGGACGGUAGUUACCAUAUUACAUCGCUCAAUCCCAAUCAAAGGAAUCUUUUAGGCUUACAGAAUCUGGACGAGGGUAUUAGUUUUGCGCGACAAACAACACAACAGCAGCAGCAACAACGUGUUACAGAUGCGACAGGUGGCGCGUCAUCUAAUAGAAAUGCCUAUGAUCGACUUGCCGCUUCCUCUGUGAAGAACACAUCACAGUCUGGUCAGAAUGCUGUUCUGCCUAAAUUCAAUCAGGCCUUCCGCAAAACACUCUAUACUAUGUCAACCGAUACGCCUGCAAGUGGCGUGACCACUGCUCCGAAUGAUACACCUUUGAGUAACAUCCAACAAACGACAGCAGGAGUGUCCACGCAAAAGACGACGACGAAUCUAUCGAAGGCAGUGCAAACAUCUGUGCCAAAUAAUCAGCAGCAACCACAACAUCAACAGCAACAGCAGCAGACAAAUGCUGGCAGCAUUAAUGUGCAAUCGAUCAUUCCCAAUCUGCAAUUGUCGGCCAAUAGGCAGGUAGUUAGUAUUGUGCCAAGCUCUGGUAAUAAUGGUCCGGCGAACGCAGCUAUCAGUUCAAACCAGGCUGCUAAUCAAACAAUCACGCAACUCGUACAGAAUGCGAGCUCGCCCAGCACUGGUGUCAUAUACACGCACAAAGUGAUAACCGGCAAUAAUCCAAAUCAACUCAACAUCAUACCGACUAUAUCGCACACGAAUUCUAUACCGGGAAGAGCUCCAGUGGUUAAAUUUAAUAUCAUUCGCCCGGUUAAUAGACAACAAAUGACGGGAGCUAUUCAGGCUGUCCUACAAACGCCGAGACUGCAGCAACAACAACAGCAGCAGCAGCAGCAGACCGUGAAAACGGAGAAUCUAAUUGGUUCUCCGAUCGAAGUGAAUAAUCAAGUGAGCUCAACGACUUUGGAACAACUACGGGAGUUUGAAAGUGUGCUAGAACAGGUGAAGGAGAGGAGUAUUCAGCCGCAAGCUCAUCAUUCGAUCUCCAACAGCGCAACCACGACAACCGUACAGACACAGACCACUACACAGCAGACUCAGGCGAACAAACCACAGCAGCAGCAGCAGCAGCAACUUUCCGUUAGUGCUCUGGCGCAGCAAUUGAUGAUGCCUACGCAACCUAACGCUACCAGCGAGACAUUCGCCAGUAAUGGUAAUACUGUGACAUUCCAGCAAGAAUCUGUGUUUUCACAGAAGAUUCCUGUGGCCUAUGUAAAACCUAGCAAUAGCAGCCAAGUUGUCACCGCCAAAGUGGCGGCCAAUUCAACACCAACGCCGGUGGUAGUGGUCACUAGUUAUUGUCAACCGGCAGCAUCACCAACAUUAAGCGUUACAUCGCAGAGCUCUUCGAGUCCUUGCGUAACGCCAGCACCGGCGCCGUCAGCCGGCAAGACGCCACCGACACCGCCGUCCACCGCAGCCGCGGCAGCUGCCGCCGCCGCCAAGACCGGUGUGAAAAAAUCGACACCAAAGACAGUCAAGACCAGCGCUACCAACACAUCUAAAGCAUCACCGAUACCGAAACCGCAACAGAAGCCUCAAGAAGAUGAACAGACUGCACAGCGGAUAUAUGCAAUCCUCGACGAGUACGCUGAGCAAUUGAGAAAUUCGCCAGAUCUUAACAACAAACCAGCACCUCGAAGAAGAUCCAAUCCGCCGACCAAUCCAAGCCAAUCGUCGAAGAGGAAGAAGUCGAGCUCGAGCAAGACCAAACCGGUGGGACAGCAAACUUCCGAAUUGAGUCCCAGUACGGAUGAUCUAGGCAGAACUAUGGGCAGUGAGGAUUCGUCCAGCGGUGUUGUACACGUGCAAGAUAGUCCGGCUGGAUUUUCUGCACCGGAAGAACCAGUGAACGUCAAUGCUAGUAGUCAUGUCUCUGCGGAAGCGAGCACAGAGGUGCGUGCUCUGACAAGCGAUUCGAACGACGGUGUUGAAUUGAACGUGAAGCGGCGUAAUCUCAUCUUUACGGAGCCAGGUUCAGGCCAGCCGCGCACGGUAAUCGUGCAGGAAGCGAUACCAAACUCAGUGAGCGUCAGUGAAGCGAUCGCUUCGGUUACCAGCAAAAUAGGCAAUGCAUCUGUAUUGAUGCCGAGUAUCGUGCUACCAUUGGUAGCCAAGGGCACUCAGUACACCAUAGUAUCUGGAUCUAAGUUACUCGCGACAGUCCCAACAACUGUACGUGCUAGUAGCAAUGCCAACACCUUGGUGCUGCAGUCAUUCAUCAAUCAAGGUACCAAGCUGAUUACGCAGCCGCACGUUAAACAGAUGAAAAUGCAACCUACCUUGCAAACAUUGUCGAACAACAAUCAGACGCUGACUAGUGCGCAAAAUGUUCAGAGCGCGUCUGUAGUGAUACCUCAAACUGCAAGCGCGCAAUUUGUCGGAGAAACAGCAACGGCGACAGUAACGACGCCAGACGUCAAGCCCAACGUAAUCGGUGAUUUGACGCUGAAAAAUGAAACGGCCGUGGCCGUUGGCAGCGGAAUUGCAGUCGAGUCAGCAGCGACGAAUGCCGCCAUUGUAGUGAACAAAAGCAAUAAUCCCACUAUUAGCUUGAUUGGCACUCGAACUAUUAACGAGAUUUCGGAUAGUCAGCAGAUAUGUGGCGUUAUCACUAGCAAUCCAACGCUGCAGAGUACGACAAGGCUCUUCAAUUCAAGCAUACAUAAAUUAUCGGCACCCGCUUUGAAGACGGAUAAUGUAGUUUGCAUAGCGUCGGCGGCUGCUGCAGUUUCUCAUCCACCGGACAAGAAAUCAUCUCAGGAUGGACGGGAUAUCCACGCCGAAAAACCGGUAUCUAUACAACCAGGUGCCACCAUCGCGCUAACGUUUGCCUCGCAGACCGAUGUGAACGCCAUACUCAAUGACGCUAGUCAGCAGCAACAGAAAGAAACGAAAGAGAUGUCCACCGAGAUAACAUCCGGCACUAAAAUUAUUUCCCCGAAAAAGAGAAAAUUCAACGACGUUAUCGGCAUACAAGAGAACAUAUCGCCGAGAACCUUGAUUCCUAUGAACAUUGCCACGUCAUUACAGAAUAAUACCAAAAUUGAAUCUUCUAUUACAUCUACGAACAAGCAAUCAAGCAUCAUCGAUAGCACAACACAAUUCUUAGUAACUGGUGGACCGAGCAGUUCAGAUAGUCAAGAGUCAUCUAUGCAACAAUCCGCUGAAACAAUCGAUGGAUCCUGCAAGGUCGGGAACGGAUUGUUGUACGAAAACGCGCGCUUACAGGAAGCCUGGGAAUCGGAAGGAAAGAUUUCACCCGACACGCCCUGGAGAUAUGUCCCUACGUCAAUGCAGAAUACACUGAGCAACGAUUCAUUAAAAGGAUAUUCCAGGGAUAGCGACAAUUCAGAGAGCGUACUGCAGAUUAUUAACAAAGGCCAAGGCAUCGAGAUGGCGAGUGGACCGAUCUAUCAAUCGAACACGAAGAAAUACUUCAUGAAUCAUACUCUGGAUACUACUACUUCAUAUUCCAAUAAGAGCAACCUGAUGAAAUCACAAUUAAUUCCCAGAUUGGAUCGCGAGUUAAUGCAACACAGGAUAGAGAGGAAAGCGGCGUACGAGCGCGAACUUAAAUUGCAAAAGAGCUUAUCAGAAGAAUGUGAAGAUCUGGGAGUCGAUGAACCCAGCACUAGCGAUCUGUUUCCCGAGGCGGAUUUGCUAUUUGAUACGAAUCACUCGCCAUCGUUCGAUCAUUCCUCGCAGGAUGCGUCCUGCAGUCAAUCUUUGGGCAUGAAGCCAUAUAAUAGCUCAUAUUUCCGAUCAUUAGAUUCGUCGAGCGGUAGUAGAGAUGCUAGUCCAACGAGCGAUUUCAAGUCGAACGAGUGUAAAAGGAGUCAGCGCGCUAGAACUUUGAAAGAUUCAUUGAAGAAAAGCAAACGAGAAAAGGAGGAUCUACAAUUGGAGGCCCCGGUGAAACAUUUGCGACUUACUUUGGACAAUCUAAGUCAAGAUGAAGCGUCAAACAGCAACUCGGACAUAUCUAGACUAUCGCCAGCAAAUCUCGGCUCGCUAGAGAACGACUCGUCAAAAGAUAUGAGUGGUCAUCAUCGCGUUAAGCUAAUCUCGAGAAGCGGAUCGAAGGAAGGUACGCCUAGCAGCGUAUCCAGUAUACCAUCUAACAUGAAACUGGACAUUGAUCUGGAUUCGGAAUCGUUGCCACCUAGUAUCAACGUUAACAAUACUUCAGCGGCAAGCUCAGGUGACGAGAGUUUGACUCUACUUAGCAACACCGUAGACCAUCACACUAUACCAUCACCAUUAUCACCGUUGGGCGCAGCCGGGCCGUUGCUGUCCACGCACAAGUACACGUACGCCAACAAGAAGCGCGUGCCAUCAUCCAAGAUGCACAUGGAUUCUUAUAUGGCAUGGGAGAGUCCGAUGUCUGAACGCACGAGAUCCAGCAGCGAGGACGAAGAUUCGAGCAUCAGUGAGUCGAUCAGCAGCCAACCGGAGGACAAUGUUGCAUUGAGCAAUGGCUUAGAAGACAAUGUGCAGACAUUAAAAUCUUUGUCCACAGAUCGGCGUUGCACUUACGUAAAGAAAAAGGAUAAACUGCAAGUGAAUGCGAGGGUAGUUUUAAAUCGUGCCGAUCAUAAAGCGACGUCAACAACGAUGGCAGCGCUUCCUAAGCGAAUUCCCAAGGCGGAAUCGAUAGCGGUAACUGAGUCGAUGGUGAUGUCGAGUGAUAAAGCAUCAGAGGCGUCUGAAGAUGAGGCCGGUAAUAUCGUGCUGAUGGAGCCGACGGAUUGCCGCGCUAGAAGAUCCAGUUUGCGCGGCCAUGUGAAAAAAGGCUGCGCAUGUUGCAACGGCUCGCCGGAGCGACCGAAGAAAAAGACGACGACGGUUAAAUCAACGGAUCACAAAUUGAAGAAGCGCUUGUCGUCGAAGCAGCCCGGUAAGAGAAGGUAGUCCUAGCGAUCGAACGCUCGUAUGAGCAUUGCAACAUGUUACUAUAUCAUUAACGUAUCAUCAUUGCCGUCAUUGAUGGGUUUUAAAAAGACGCGGGCGUUUCAGCGUGAUCGAAAUGAAGUCGACAGAAAUGUUGUACUUCUUUCGAAGGAGAACUGUUCUGAGGAGAACACGAUUUGGACAGUAAAUGAUCUUAUUUGCAAAUCGGAAAUAUCGAUGGGACGCGUUAUUGUAAAUAUUAUUAGAAACGCGCUUAGAUGCGCAAAUUACGUGAUUUACCACAUUUACAACAUUUGAAACAUUGGCGGUUAUAUGCAGAUAUAGCCGAGAGAAAUAUUCUCCAUCAAUUUAAUGAUAAAAUUAAUGAUAAAUUUACGUUCAAACGUUGCAUGCGUGUAUGUGGAUAUGGAUAUGUAUGAAUGUGCGCGUGCAUAAGAGAGAAAAAGGAUAUAAUAGACGUAUGAUUUAUAUUAAUUAGAGUUCUCGUCGAUAUAACAGUAGAUCAUCCUUCUACCAUUAGGUGUUAACUAUGAUAUUAGAUUAUAAGGUACAGAUCAUUUAUGUAUGGCAGACUUAGAUUUUAAAUCGUUAAGGAUCGUUUAGCGAUGCAAUCUAGUCAAGUCGUUUUGUGACGAGGACGUGGGCGACGAGUGUAAACAAAUUUUGAUGAAUGAGAUAAGAUAUAUCGUAAUGCGAUCGUUAAUAGAUUCCUCGCAGAGUAAAGAGAGAGAGAGCCUGAAUUUAUAUAAUUCAAUCUACAGUAUGUCUGUCAUGACAAAGCUCUAUUCCACGUUGUAACAUGGUGUGGUCAGACUGAAUAGACAAAUAAUAAUAGAGUUCUCUUUCCGAAAAAAAAGAUUAGAACAUAGUAACAAGGAUGUGCAAUCUCUUUGGAAUGCAUCGUCUUUGCCUUUCGUGUAAUGCUUACUUGUAUCUGUAUAACUCUAACUUUAUAUAUAGAGAUGAAACUGUCGUUGUAAAUUCUCGGCGCUCUGCUCUUGCAAGGCAAUCCUUGAAAAAAGCAGGAUUGUUCGAAUGAUGAAAAGAUUAUAUA